GUUACGCGUAUUGUUUUAUUUUGGGUACACCAGUCACAUUUUUGUUUCAUAACGUAUCAUACUCAGAUUAUAAGUCAAUGAAACAAGUUAAUGAAAGUGACAUUAAGAUGUGUAUAUGCAUUAACCGGACUUUUUUUCCUUCGCACAGUUGAACUUACGAAAUGAACAAGUACUUGGAGAAAUUGACCAAACUAACAUCAUGUUGUCAUUGGGGACUAGUUAUAGUUGGUGCCUACUUUGUAUUAACUUUUCUGUCAGUGGGUUCAACGAGUGCAAUGGGAAUAUAUUAUAUUUAUAUAAUGGACAAGUUUGAAGUGAACCUAACAUCAACAACGGUAAUAGGAGCGUUGAAUACGGCAGUAGGACACUCAGGUGCCAUCAUUGCAAUGCCUUUUGUUGAAAAGUUUGGAGAGCGACCGGUCAUGAUCCUUGGAGGAGUUUUAAAUCUAAUUGGUUACAGUGCGUCUAUAUUUGUGACAUCAUUCCCUUUACUUUAUACAACAAUGGGUAUAAUUCCAGGUCUUGGAAUAUCAUUUUCAAGGGUUAGUAUAGUAAUUGCAGUUAACAGAUAUUUCCAAAAAGCUAAAAUGCUUUCCGUGUCAUUUGGAGUAGUUGGCGCCUCCGUUGGUAUGCUAUCGUUUCCGCUUUUAAUAAGGUCUCUAGCAGAAUCAUAUGGAUUGAAUGGUGCAUUGCUUAUUCAUGCUGGUUUGAGUUUCAAUUUAGUAGCGUGUGGAGCAGCAAUAUUCCCAACAAAAAGUAAACAACCUGUUGAAGAAAAAGGCGAUGAGGAUAAACAGUCAGUAUGUUGUUAUAAACAGACAGUUGCCUUUUCCUUUUGUGUGCAACCACCUUAUAUAGCUUAUAUAUUUACAAACUUUCUCUUCAUGGCUGCAUUGUAUAUUCCAACAACUCAGAUUCCAAAACAUGCUGUGUCAAUUGGCAUAAGUGUUAAGGAUAUUUCACUUGCAAUAGCAGUUAGUGGAAUUGGAAAUAUGUUUGGUCGAAUCUCAUUUGGCGUUCUGUCACAUUUUUAUGAGAGCCAUGUGGUAAAGUUAUGGAUAAUCUGUUUGACUUGCAGUGGACUAAUAAUGUUAAUGGUACCGUUUUCAACAAAAGUCGAAGACUUUAUGAUCUUCAUGAUUAUCUAUGGAUAUUUUGAAGGAGCAUCUAGUGUUGGUUGGAAUAUUAGUCUGUUCAACCUGAUCAACAUUAAGUAUUACGAAAGAGGAAUCAGUAUAGCAUACUUUGUAGCUGGAAUUGGACUGGCAGUAGGAAGUCCUUUUACAGCGUUCCUGAACGAUCAUUUCAGUUCACAUGGGAUAUCAUACUAUAUUGGAUGUGGAAUGUUUGUUUUAGGUGCUCUCAUCAUGAUUCCAUUUGCGUCAAUAUCAGCCAAAAAAGAUAGCCUCAUUCCGCCGUCAAAAACUCAAAAUGAACCUAAAGUGUUGGUAUUUGAGAGUGAUAGUAAAAUUGGUUGUUCUAAAUGUUUUCCAGAAGUGCAAAUGUCAACAUACAUGUAACACGACAAAUGUGUAAGAAGCAAUGUAAAUGUAAUGGAGUCGUGUUUGAUUUUAAACAUGCAUUUAUAAGUUAUGUAAAUUUUAAAUGGCAUGUUAAAUAAAUGCUCGAAGAAUGAUA